UAAACUAAGAAAUACAAAUUUCAAAUCAUAAUUCUGGAAAACUGGAUGAGAAAGCGCGAUUAUACGUGAUAUAAAUAGUUGUCUAGUGUCACAUAGUUAAAUUCAAAUGUAAAGCAGUACCGAUUGCGGACACAGAAAGGUUAUAAAUCAUCUAAAUUACUUACAUUUGUUUUCAUUCUACUCAUAGCCAUCUUGAAUUAAUUUUAGAGACAACCCAAAAGAUGGCGCUUUGAAUAAACUCAAAACUGUCUUAUUCUUUUCGAUUUUUUUUAUAUGUAUUAGACGAAUAUUCAACGUAAAAAGCAUUAGUUGGACUAUUUUUUAAUUUUAAUUUAAGAUAUUUAAAUGAAAAUCAAUACCAAACCAAACGAUGAUGAAAAGAUGUUGGUCUGAGAGUACAAACUUGAUGACAUCACUUUUGUGGCCAUUUUUCUGAAAAUCAGGAAGUUACAGAUUUUUAAACAUUCUUGUCAUUACUAUACGAUUACAACCAUUUGACUACUAGAAGACAGUGAAUAAAAUUACUAUGGACUCAAAGACAGACAAACAACUGCUCACAAAUCAAGAGGAGCCCUUCUAUGAUACAGCAGAGAUCGCCUCCCCAACAUAUGAUAACACAGCAGCAUCAGACUUUGCCUCAAAUGCGGUAUAUAAUGACCCUGCAGCAGAGAUAGACAGAAAGAGACAGGAGGAUGAAUGGAAGAAAGACCUAGAAAAGUUGGAAGAGGAGAUCACCACCCUAAGACAGGUGCUAGGUGCCAAAGUACAGCAGGCUAAUGCCAUCAAGACCAAGCUGGGCAUCACCCCUAUGGCUGAGUUGAAACACGACUUACAACACGGCAUACAGAACAUAAAAGAGUCACCAGCGUACCAAAAAACAAAUGAAAAACUCAAGCAGUUUAAUGAGAAAAUCACAUCUAGUGAGGCGUACCAGAAGACAGCCACGGGACUAAGGUCUGCUGGACAGAAGACAGGAGAGGCCUUCAGUAAACUAGGCUCAUACACAAAGACAAAAUUGGCAGAUGUAAAAAAUUCUGAAUCAUUCAAAUCUUUUGAGGAUAGAGUUUCUGGUGCCUAUACCAAUGUUAAGAGGUCACAGUCGUUAGGGGGCAUCCGACAGCGUAUGAAUAUUUUUUAAUCAUUGGAACAAAUACAUACAUUGGAAAGGCAAAGGUGUCAGGCAGUAAAUCCGAGAAUAAUUUUGAAGAAGUCUUGAACAACACAGCCAAUGAAAAUGCUUCAGGAGGCUCUGGCAGCACGUCUCCACUUCCCGAAGAAAAAGUCCCGCUAUAAUAAACACUCCAUAGACUCCAGACCUUGAAGGACACAAACUUUGUAAGGGUGAUUCAUGAAGAAUUACCAGAUUGCAGCCAAACCAGUUUUACUUAUCAUUGUAAAAACAAUUUAUGGUACUGGUACAUUUUAAUGGCAUAAAUAUAUAAACAUGUUACACUGCUAAAUGUGGACCGGGAUAAUGCCUUCCUUAACUUGGUAUGUGGUUUUGAAAUUAUAUUCCAUAUAUCUUCAAUGUCUUAUUCGUGUAAAACUGGGAAUUGUACCUUCUAAUGGUAUCAUCCAUUUAUAAUUUUCUACUUCAUUUCAAUAUUUUUGAGUUACAACAUUAAAUGUAAAAUGUAGUGUUGCAUAUACAUGUACAUGCUAUUAUUUUAUUAUUACUACUAAGCCUUCAUAUGAAGCUGGUUA